AUGUCUACAAAAGCGAUUCCUGCGCGUGGUGUUAACCAAAGCAAAUCUCUCCCUGCUGGUUUACCAAAUCAAACGCUUUACUGUACAAACCUCCCUGACAAGCUUCGCAAGUAUGACUUACGACUUUCGCUGUAUACACUUUUCUCCACCUACGGCACUGUCCUGGAUGUGGUGGCUAUGAAGACAGAGAAAAUGCGUGGUCAAGCACACAUUGUCUUCAAGGAUGUCCAAGCAAGCACACAGGCGAUGCGCGCGCUACAAGGGUUUGAUUUUUUUGGAAAGGAGAUGAAAAUCGUCUAUGCCAAAGGCUCUUCGGAUGUCAUUGCCAGAUUACGAGGGACUUAUAACGCCCCGACAACAGCUGCUGCCCAGGCUGGCAAUGCCUCCACGGAUCUCCAGAAAUCGAUCUUCAGCGGUCCGCCUGGAUCCACGGCAUUGCCCUCGAAACCUACGGGAGAGGUUAACGGCGAGGUCCCAGCAGCCCAUGGGAUCAAGCGACCCCGUGAGGAAGAGAGCGACGAAGAGGAGGCACCCAUGGACGAGGAUAGCGAUGUCCCUAUGGAAGCCUCAUCUGAUGAAGAUUAA